UAAAUUUAAUUUUGUUUCCAAGCUUAGCUUAGUCCAACAAGAAGACCGGUUGAAUACAUAAACUUAAUUCCAUUAAACUUUAGGGUCUGAUUAUUUAUUUAUAAAUUUUCAAGCCUAACUUAAUUAUUUCAAAGUCAAUAAUGGCAGCAGUUGAAUCAAGAAAACGCAUUCAAAGUUUUUUCAAUGAAAAUGACUUGGAUGAUGAAGAAAUUAUUACAUUGCUGAAUAAUCGGUCAACCAGAUCACAUAUUAUCCGAAUUGGAUCAUCAUUAUCCCAAGAAUUCUUCAGCUCUUAUCAAAUAACACAAUUUCUGAUACUCACAAGAGACAAGAUCAUUGUAGAGUUCCUGAAGUAUGAUCGCUGCUGCCUGCUAGCUGAUAAAUACUUGUUGUCCAUGGUGUUUGUAUAUUUUAUUCGGGCUAGGCUUCCUCUGAGUGAUUACACUCGUCUCAACUUUUUUGUCGCCCUAUAUCUGGCUCAUGAUAUGGAGGAAGAUAAUGAGGAUCUCAAGAUUGACUUCGUGGACUGGGGCCUUGGUGCUGCUGAGAAAGCUGAUGUUGCACGUUUCAUUACCCUACGUGACACAAUGUGGAUGGCUAUGAACUACCGUGCCUGUGUCAGCUUAAGAACUUGCCAUGAGGUAAUGGAGGUCUUAGGCAACGGAGAUUUGUGGAAGAGGGAAAGAGACCCUGUACACGGAGGGGCAACACGUGAUAAUGAUCAAAAAGAACGUGAGCAAUGUCAACGGUGUACCUAUCCCACUUCACGCUACUACGGGAGUGACUUGGAUUCAUCCUUUGAUUCUGAUUCUGGAGAAAGUGAUUCAGACGAUAUAUUUUCUCACUCAUCUGCCAAGAGAGCAAGGGAAGAAUAGAUUUUUGUGGUUUUAAAGUCAAGCUUUAAAAUUUGUUUUAAAGCUCAUAAUGAAGAAUUAAGAUUAAUGAAAAGUUACAGAUUUUAUAAUUUUUUAGAGAAUCAUAUUAUUGUGGCUAACGCAUAAAUAGAUGGAGUGAAUUAAUUUACGUUCAUCUACAAUAAUUUAGUAUCAGUAGGUAAUGUAUCAAGAGAGUCUAAAUAAAAUAAUAGGUUAUAAAUUAAGGAUAAGCCAAUUAGCUGAUUAAGAUUAUUAUAUUAUGUACAAGGAUAGGGGGUCAGCUAGCUAGCUUACCUGGUAGAUAGAGUUCAGAUUAGCAUUGGUAACACACACAAAACAGAACACAAAACGUUAAAACUUAGUCUUCUCCCUUCUGAUGAAGUCCCUAACAGGGACGAGAUAUUAAGUUUUACCGUUUUGUGUUAUGUGUUUUAUGUGUGUUACCAAGGCCCUACCAGGUAAGCUAGCUGAUUCCAUAUCCUUGUACAUUAUUAUCCUAAAUACAAUAAUAGUGAUUAUAGAGCCUGCAUUUCUAAGUAAGGAGAAUUUUUAAGCUUGAUUUGUUAGUUUGAUAAGCAUUUAAGUAUGGUAGUCUGCCCUGUAAUUUUAUACCACAAUAACUUUUGUAAAUGUGUAAUUUUAUCCUGUAAUUGAUAGAUAUGGUUAGUUGACCAUUUAGGUUAAAUUGCUAAUAGGCCUACUCAGGUUUGAGAUUGUUAAGAAUAAGUUCAUGCUGCAGAAUCAUCUACAGUGUUGGAGACAAUGUAAAUCCAUUUGAAAUGUUUUUUUUCUGUUUUUGUCAAUGUAGGUUAAACAUGUGGGAUCAAGACAAAAUAAUUAUCCAAACCCACCAAGUUGUGUGGUUUUUAACUAUUUGUAAUUUUUUACAAGAAGUUCAUCUUUUUAUCAGUUUUAAUGCAGUCCUUAAUUUAUUUUUAAUGUAAAUUGGCAAAAACUUUGUUACAAAUAUAGUUUACUGUGUUUUAAACACACUAUUAUCUUAGUUGGUAAUUAUAAAUUUGUAUUGUGGAUUAAGACUAAUUAGUUUAAGAGUUAGGGAUUUUAAUAUUUUAAUAGAUGGAUCGAGUUAAUAACUCUGUUUCUAAGUAAGAUUCUAGUUGUGUAAUGUCUCAUUUGGAGAAAACUCUUAUUAUGUUAAGGCUUGGAUCUAAGAUCGCCUAGUUUUUCUAUACACAACCUAAUUAAUUACUGUUUGUUCCAAAUUGGUAUAGCGUGUAUUUUAAAUCCUGUA